GACAAUUCGGCCUGCCGGCAAGAGUGCCGCGCCUAUCUGCAGUGCCGCAUGGACCACAAUCUGAUGGCCAAGGAGGAAUUUUCGAAGCUCGGGUUCAGUGAGGAGGGUGAAGGAAAGAAUAACUAGAAGACUGUUUUGUGAAAUUGUGAGAAGAGACUUUUUUGAAAAAUAAACAAUGACCCACCGGAACGUUCUAAUUGGUUGCACCGGAAGUGUGGCCACCAUCAAGCUUCCCCUGUUAGUGGGGAAACUCCGCUCAACCAUUCCCAACGUGGCCAUCAAGGUGAUUGUGACCGGGCACGCCGAUCACUUCUUCUCCCCGGCGGACAUUCCGCCGGACGUUCCAGUGCUGCGCGACCAGGAUGAAUGGGACAGCUGGCGCGACCGGGGCGAUCCCGUGCUGCACAUCGAGCUGGGCAAGUGGGCCGACCUGUUUGUGGUGGCGCCCCUGGACGCCAACAGUCUGGCGAAGAUGGCCGGUGGGCUGUGUGACAAUCUGCUGCUGUGCACUGCCCGGGCCUGGGACUUUGGCAAGCCGUUCUUUUUCGCGCCGGCCAUGAACACCCGCAUGUGGGACCAUCCGGUGACGGGGCAGCACGUGCAGGUGCUGCGGUCCUGGGGUUUGCGGGAAAUUCCGUGCGUGGCCAAAACGCUCAUGUGCGGGGACACGGGGCAAGGGGCGAUGGCCGAGGUGGACACGAUCGUGGACAAGGUGGCGGCGUGUUUGGUGGCGAUGGAGUGCAGGAGGUAGGUGGAAAAGGGAUUUUUUUGUUUUGAGAAUAAACAUUUUUGUGCAUUAUUUAUA